AUGGAGGACGCAAACAUCACUCACUUGGCAGCCGUGUACGUGAACCCUCACAGUCAAGUCCCCGUUCUAGAUGUCCAUGACACCUACACAGAUUUCUAUGACAUGGACUAUGGUGUUCCUGCAGAAGAGAUGCCCGACACAACACAAGGACUGGCGUACUUCGUGGCCACCAUUGUAAUUGGAGUGGUCCUUGUGUGUAUUAUUCUAGUGUGUGGCUUCGGCAACUUCAUGUUCAUAGCCACUCUGGCCCGUUACAAGAAACUCAGGAACCUCACCAACUUGCUUAUCGCAAACCUGGCCAUCUCCGACUUCAUCGUGGCUGUGGUUUGCUGCCCUUUCCUGGUGGAUUACUAUGUAGUGAAACAGCUCUCUUGGGACCAUGGGAAGGUGUUGUGUGCCUCAGUCAACUACCUCAGGACCAUGUCUCUCUACGUGUCCACCAAUGCUUUACUGGCCAUUGCUGUUGACAGGUAUAUGGCCAUUGUUCACCCAUUGAGACCCAGAAUGAAGAACCAGACCGCAUACUGCCUCAUCACUGGUGUGUGGAUUGUCCCAAUGCUUAUUGCUAUACCUUCUGCUUACUUCGCCUCUGCGACCAAAGUUCCUCAUGGAGCCAACCACAGCAAGACCUUCUGCGCCCAGAUCUGGACAGUGGACCAACAGCUGUACUACCGUUCUUAUUUCCUCUUCAUCUUUGCUGUAGAGUUUGUCUGGCCAGUGCUGACCAUGGCCAUGUGCUACAUGUGCAUCUCUAAAGAACUCUGGUUCAAGAGCGUUCCAGGUUUCCAGACGGAGCAGAUCCGCAAGCGCCUUCGCUGUCGCAGGAAGACAGUCAUGGUGCUUAUUGGAAUUCUUACGGCUUACAUCCUCUGCUGGGCGCCGUACUACGGGUACACGAUCCUGCGUGAUUUUCACCCAAUGCUCAUCUCACGGGAGAGGAACUCCCUGGUGGCGUUCUACAUCAUCGAGUGCAUCGCCAUGAGCAACAGCAUGAUCAACACAUUCUGCUUUGUCAGUGUGAAGAACAACACUGUGAAGUAUUUCAAGAGGAUCGUUCUCCUUCGAUGGAAGUCCACGUAUACCUCUAGGAAGACCGUAGAUGAGACUGACCUGAAUCCCAACCUUACUGAAUGUAAAAAGGGAGUGGAACUGAGUGGUUUUCAUGUCACUCAUAUAACAGAUGAUUAA